AUGGCCGCACAGUGGCAGGCAGGGUCUGAGCCGGGGACGGGCGUCUCUAGGACCCAUCUCCCGUCCGUAGACCUCCGCGCACAUCUCAGCCCCAUCCUCAAGUGCCUGGCGGUGUUCGGCAUGUGGCCAACCUCUGCCUACACGCGCGUCUCCGCUAAGGUAGUGGCGUUAACAACUGGUCUGGCGAUGCUGUCACUCGUUCUGAUGCAACUGGUGGCAGAGGUGAUGGCUUUAGCAGCCUCGCCAGUCAGUGGUCCGACCGAGCUGUACCGCUUCAUCUACAACUUCAGCGUGGUGGACCUGCACCUGCAGGGGCUGGGAAAGUGGGCCUUCAUGGUGGCGCGCCGCCGCCGCUACACCAGGCUCGUCGACCGCCUCCAGCACUGCUUCCGUCUGAGUGGCCUCGCCGAUACCAACGACAGCGCUUCUGUGCUAGCUACAUCACAGACAGCCCAAAAGGUAGCCGUGACGAGGCUCCAGCAACAGCUGAGCGAGUGCCGCCGCCUGAGCAUGUGGGCGACCGCCUUCUGGCUGUGGGUGUGCGUGUACGGCGUCACGCACUGGUGCCUCGUCCCCCUCAUCAUCGGCGACAACUCGCUGCCUUUCGACGCUCUCUACCUGUUUGACGCCAGCCAGCCGCCGCUAAGACAGAUAAGUAAACUAGUGGUGCACUGCCUGCAGUACGUCGCGGGCCUCCAGAACAUUCUGCUGUCCGUGUUCUUCGACCUGUUCGUGCUGUGGCUGCAUCUGCUGCUGUGCGCCCAGCUGCGCUACCUCGCUGACAACCUGCGCCGCCUUCGCCGGGUCACAGACACGGACGAGCACAAGAAACUUCUGGUUGCCUGUGUCGCGCAUCACAGCGACCUCCUCAGCACAAUCCAAGAGCUCAAUUCAUGCGCAGGUCCCAGCUUCUUCCUCCAGUGCUUCGAGAAUACAAUCCGCAUGUGCAUGAUCGCUUUCAUGGCCACAACAACAGUCGCUGACCAGAUGCAGGUGUGGAGUUCGGCGCAGUUCUUCCUUGCAGCCGUGGGCCAGCUCUUCCUGUACUGCUGGUGUGGCCAGCAGAUCUCACAUCUGACAGAGAGCAUAUCAGAUGCAGCUUAUGACAGUGGCUGGGAAGAGCAUGAUGUUUCAACACAGAAGAAUGUAGCGUUCAUCAUGCAGCGUGCCCAGAAAACAAUUGUCUUCAAAGGCGGCUGGUUCUACACACUAACCACAGAAACCUUUGUGGAGCUCCUCCGCCUGUCAUUUUCCUACUACACUGUGCUUCGAAAUAUCAAUGACAGAUAAGAGAAGCCACAGAAUGUGGACUGGAUGAUCUGAUAGCCAAGUGCCCUCUUCUUAUGAUUAUAUCAUCUUUCAAGAGGAUAGCUGUCAGUAAGAAAACUUGGUUCCAUUAUUGAGAACUUCAGAGGGACAGUUUUACACCAUGCAUCACUGAUUGUGCUUUUAGUUAAAACAGAUUAUUGAUGAUAGAAAUUCAAAACUGUUUAUUACAGCAUCGUAAUUCUAUAAACUAUAAUUAUAUAAAAUUGCUUGUAAUUAAUGCAGAAAAUCAAUAAAUUGCCAAGAAGAAGAAGAAGAACAAAGUAUAAAUUUUUCAAUAGUACAAUGUGGCACUGCAUCAAAAUGUUUCCAUUGUGUAGUUGCUAAGCUCAAUGUCUUUUUAUAUUUGACUGUUCAUUUCUUUAGUUGGUACCAUCAAAAUUUGUAAAAAAAAUCUCUUAGAGUAUGAAAUUUUCUGUCUACAUUUGUAUUAUUGUCUCUUAAACAUGUUCGGUAUGUCCA